UAUCGUCGCCACGCGAAGCAUUGUGGGGAGGAGGCGGCCUAGUCUUCAGAGACAGGCAGGAACUGGUAGAUUUUGUGGUGAAAGAAUUUUCUAAAUAUUAGUAGAAAUCUGGUGUAACAACGCGUUUCAGCAGUAAGCCUCGCAAUUAUCAGACAUGGGGCAGGAAGAGCUAAUGAAUACGGCUGAAGACGUGGCGGAUCAGUUCCUGCGGGUGACAAAGCAGUACCUGCCUCACCUGGCUCGCCUGUGCCUCAUCAGCACCUUCUUGGAGGACGGCAUUCGCAUGUGGUUCCAGUGGAAUGAGCAGAGGGACUACAUCGAGGCCACGUGGAGCUGUGGCUACUUCCUAGCUACCUGCUUCGUUCUCAUCAACCUCAUAGGACAGCUGGGUGGAUGUGUCCUUAUCCUCAGUAGAAAUUUUGUACAGUAUGCUUGCUUCGGCUUAUUUGGCAUCAUCGCAUUACAGACCGUUGCUUACAGCAUCUUAUGGGACUUGAAGUUUUUAAUGAGGAACCUGGCCCUGGGUGGAGGGCUGCUGCUGCUGCUGGCCGAGUCGCGGUCGGAGGGGAAGAGCAUGUUCGCCGGCGUGCCCUCCAUGGGCGAGAGCUCCCCUAAGCAGUACAUGCAGCUGGGGGGGCGCGUGCUCCUCGUGCUCAUGUUCAUGACCCUGCUGCACUUCGACUCCAGCUUCUUCUCGAUUCUGCAGAACAUGGUGGGCACAGCCCUCAUCAUUCUGGUGGCCAUCGGCUUCAAAACCAAGCUGGCCGCCCUCACCCUGGUGGUGUGGCUGCUUGCCAUCAAUGUCUACUUCAAUGCCUUCUGGACGGUGCCUGCCUACAAGCCCAUGCACGACUUCCUCAAGUACGACUUUUUCCAGACCACAUCAGUCAUUGGCGGCCUGCUGCUGGUGGUGGCCCUGGGGCCCGGAGGCGUGUCCAUGGACGAGAAGAAGAAGGAGUGGUGAAGAAGCACUGCGAACCACCACCACCACCAACACCACCUCCACUUCUACCACCACUGCCCGGGACACACACAGACCCCAGGAUCCUGUCCUCCUCGUCCUGAUCCUGCGUCCAGAUUCGUGCCCUUGAGACGUGAACCAGCGUUGCACACUCAACUUUCAGUUACAGCAUUGUUCCCCCCCCACCCCAACACUUGUCUUUCUCAUCCACUUUGCUUUUAAAAAAAAUAAAAUGGACAUAAGUUCGACCAGGUGAAAUACUGGCGUUUUUAUACACCUGUUACUUCCUUCUCCACGUUGUCAACACGGCAGACAACUAAAACAAGACCACUGCAAUUAGAUUAUUUUGCGUUGUGGGUGGUGUUGCAAUAAUCAUUUCUUUUGUUGUUUUUUGCCUUCUGUUGAAUCUGUGAAUUUCACCGGCACUAAAUGAGCCCCCCCUAAUUGCCAUAACAGUGGAUGGUGGCUUUUAAUAACACGAGGGGGAAAUAGGACGUUGGUGAUGGUGGUACAUGUUCAUGACAUAACCUAAAUACAUUUCGUCAAGUAGGGGAAGAAUUGGUGAGUCUUCAUCGGUUAGUUUAUCGGAUUUGGCGUCCUCCGUUUCAGAAGUGCACAGCUCCAUUUUCCUUAUUUAAACUGAGCACAUGAGUCAUGAGGUUGCUAUAUCGAUUUGAGGCGCUGAGCUCAAGAUUGUUUUGCAUUUCUGUCACUUUCUCUCCAUCUCUCUCUCUUUCUCUGCCCCAACCUUCAUGUGAGCCCCAUUUAAUACGUACCUGUGUCCUUACGUUUGGCUGUAACGUGUUCACUGAAUGACAGUCAAUGUGUUUGAAGCUGGGGGUCUUUCAAUGACACACUGAAACGCUUUAGGUUAAAGCAGAGUUAAUGCGUAACUUUCCCAACUUCGAACAUUGGAGCAGAACUCACUUUCGGACUAUUUCUACUGUGUGUUUUUGGUAAGCACCCGCAUCUAGACAUAAGUGUCAGAUCAAGGUAGGAAAUGGGAGUUUACAGUUGCAGAAAAAAUGCCAUAUUUUAUGAAACUGAAAAUGCAGAGGCAAGCCAAACCGGACAGAGCACCAGUUCACACCCGCUUUUGUGUCUUGUUCAGUGUUUUUGCUGUCUAAGAAGAUGAAAUGUACUCAUUGUAUUGAUUUUCAGAAAUUUAUAUUGUACUUUUGAUUUUCUUUUUUUGUGAGAUCAUGCCGGAGAAUUAAAAAAAAGGCAAAAGGAAAACAAA